UAGUCUGGAAGAUCACUAAUUAGUUUCACUGGGGUUUACCAUUAAAUGACUACUAGGUACCCAGUAUCCUGACUCAGCAUAUCGUUUUAUUAAUCAAGGGAGCUCGUCGAGCUUUGUUCGCGAUGCCGUUCUACGGCCGAAUUCGUCUAAGAGAUCACGGCGCUAAUAAUACACCCUAGAAAUUUCUCCGAAUGCUAUGUAAUCAAAAUUCCAGGACCCUUUGUUCGGGAGACCGAGGUCAUCGUGAUGCAGAACGAAGCUCGCCUCAUAAGGACUUAUAAAAACGUUGGCCUUCUCAGUUAGGAAAUACAUAUUCCCGUCGACAAGCCUCAGCCAAGACUCGAGAUCCUCGGACAAGAACUCAUAAACUCGGAGCUUUAAUAGCGCAUUAAUCAUGUUUUUCACCAGAGUAGCGCUGUCAGUAUUAGCUGCCGUGGCCCAGGUAACAGCAGCAGACCUAACGAAAUGGGACGACUGGGAUCACGGCCGAGUAGCUCUUGAAGAUGUCAGCAUUCACUUCCGAUACGCGGGCUCCGGUCCCCCGAUACUUCUUGUCCACGGAAACCCGCAGUUCAGUCUGACAUGGCAGUUUAUCGGCCCCAUACUCGCGCAGAACUACACCGUCAUCGCCCCCGACAACCGCGGCGCAGGCGACUCCAGCAUCCCCCCCGACGGCAACUACAGUGCCACCGCAAUGGCCGCUGACCUCAAAGGUGUUCUGGACUUCCUGAACAUCAGCUCCACGUACGUCUUCUCCCACGACAAGGGCGUCGGCCCGGCCCUGGCCCUCGCAGCCCAGAACCGCGAUCUCGUCAAGCGCCUCGGCGUCUCCGAGUACAUCCUCCCGGGCUUCGGCUACGAGACCACAAGCGCACCCGCAGCGUACUGGGACUUAUACCAGAACCCGCAACUCGCGUUCUUCCAGAUCACGGAUUUCGCCGAGUUCCUAAUAACCGGCAAAGAAAGGCAGAUUCUAGAAUGGUAUUUCUACCAUGGCAGCUACGCAGGUCCGACUGCGUUCUCGGAAGACACGGUUAAUCGGUACGCGACUAGUAUCCAGAAGCCGGGCUUCUUGAGGGGUCUGCUCGGCCCGUUCUCGUCAGCCGCGGUCGCCGAUGAUCAUGCGUUCUUUAAUGGCACGUUGGGUGCGAACCCCCUGACUAUUCCGACGUUGGCGCUUGGUGGGGAGGCGAGCUUGGGGUUGCCGGGUGCGCUGAAGCAGGUUUUUGGACCGGUUGCGGGGGAUUUGGAAAUUGAUGUUGUUCCUAAGGCAGGGCAUUGGCUUGCUGACGAGAAUCCUGUCUGGGUUGCAAACCGCAUUCAGCGAUUCUUGGCCAACGAUUCGUCGACGGUGGAAGCUGUUGAUUUGUCAUCGUUUAAGGAUAUGGUGACGUUGAAGGUGGGAUAUUUCGGGACGCUGAGGAAUGCGGCUCUGGGGGGUUUGACGGUGUCAUGAAGAAGUUUAAUAGGGACCUUUGGUAAAAUAACGUAUUUGGGGAUCUAGUUGUACUAAGGUAUAUUCUCGGAAUCAGACCCAGACUCAUCAGG